UCUCAUUAUGUCUAAUUUUUAGUUAAUGAAGCCUAUCAGAAUCUCUCGUUGAGAGAGAUAUAAAGAGUUGUCAAUCUGUUGAUUAAGCAACAAUACUGGGAAAGGAGAGUCUAAGGACAUAAGGAUCUUCGUCUCUGAUGUGUGAUUGUUUGAAGCUAUGGAUUCAACUGGCAAAACCCAAUUCUUUCGGUCGAGUUCCCUAACGGCGGGAGAACGGAUCUGUGCAUCUGCUUUCUUACCGGUCCUUAUAGUGAUCGAUUUCUUGAUUUAUGCAACGUCUAAUUGCUUUGGAUACCGGCCCCGACCCAAGAAAUGCAUCUAUGAGUUUACAGAUCUUACCCGGCUCGCUCAUGAAUCCCGAUUUUCGGUGAAUGAAGUAGAGGCAUUGUACGAACUCUUCAAGAAGCUGAGUAGCUCAAUAAUCGAUGAUGGAUUAAUUCACAAGGAAGAGCUUCAGUUAGCCUUGUUCCAGACACCCAUAGGCAGCAAUCUCUUUCUUGACAGGGUUUUUGAUCUUUUUGAUGAAAAGAGAAAUGGUGUCAUCGAAUUUGAGGAAUUUGUCCAUGCACUGAACGUGUUUCAUCCAUGUGCCCCUUUAGAAGAUAAAAUUGAUUUUGCAUUUAGAUUGUAUGACCUGAGACAAACAGGUUUUAUCGAGCGAGAAGAAGUUAAGCAAAUGGUGAUUGCCAUUUUGAUGGAAUCUGGAAUGAAUUUGUCGGAUGACCUUCUCGAGGAAAUCAUUGACAAAACAUUUGAUGAUGCAGACGCGGACAAGGAUGGUAAAAUAAACAAAGAAGAAUGGAAAGCAUUUGUGCUUCGUAAUCCCAACCUCUUGAGGAACAUGACUCUUCCGCAUUUAAAGUCCGUGAUGAACUCCUAUUUCCAGUGCAUUACUACCUUCUUUCCCAGUUUCGUUUACAACACUGGAGUUGAAGACUUCUAACCGAAGUGAUGUUAGGCUAAAAUGCCACAAAGAUACGAUGCGAUUCAAGGGUGAAAGUCAAUGAUUUCAAGGGUAGAUCAUCCUGGCUUCAAGGGUGCUUUGAUUCAGGCCUCAUUGCGGGCGAUGAAGUAAAUAUAGUGUGUCCGGUCCGCGCGAACACUGCCUGACGGUGACGGCAACCAAAUCAUUUUGAUUAAGCUCUCCAACUGUAUAUGUGUCUAUGUUAUCCGGAGCUAAUUUUGAAGGCUCAUAUCCCAUAAUCAUAUUAUGUUGGAUAUGAAUACUUUAGAAGAAACAAAAAGUCCGGAGUGCAUUGUAUGCCCACAAUGAAGUACAGUACAAAGACUUGAAAUUGAGUGCAUUCACUACUGUUCUCUCGACUAGGGUUUACUCAACUUUAGUCAAAGUUAAAAAUUUUGGUGUGCGCUUUAGCGUAUCGUAGAAUUUUCGGGAUUUAUUUAUGCUUGAUUUUGUGAUUUUGUUAAUUAUAAAUUUUUAUCUCGUGAAAGAAAAUAAAUAUAAUGAUAAAUUUAGUUCCCAA